UAUACCAUAGUAUGGUAUCCCCAUUAUUUAUUUGGGAUCGGAUUAUAACCUCCAAUCCAAAUCCAAAUUUUAGGGAAUGUUACACAACAACUAAAAUUUUAAGAAUGAUCUACAAGUGGUGGCACCGUUUUGUUCGCAAGAGAACAAAACCCAUACCAGAAGAAACAGCUGUAUUAUGGAAAAGACGGCUCAGUAUAGCUUAUGGCUUAGUAGCUUGGAAUGCAUUUGGAUUAGUAGUUUACAAUGUUUACAAAGGAAAAGCUGAUUGGGCUCAUUAUUAUGGUAUAAAAUCUGAUGAAGAGCAUUCAACUCCGCCAGGUGCGGCAUGGGCUAAUACAUUAGGAAUAAAAAAUGCCAAAGUCUACAGGAUAGCCGGUUUCAAGAAGGUUGAUGAAUAUGAAAUUGUAGAUGGAGAAGCUGUAUUUAUGGAUAAAGAAGUUAAUAGUGAAAAUGAAGAGACACUAAAAGAUUGACCUUACUUCUAAAAAUAUUAGUUACAUAAGUAUAUUUAUUAGCAAUAAAAAGUCAUACCAAUA